AUGCGUGAGGUCAUUAGCAUCAACGUCGGACAGGCUGGUUGCCAAAUCGCCAACUCCUGUUGGGAGCUUUACUGCCUCGAGCACGGUAUCCAGCCUGAUGGUUACCUCACCGAGGAGCGCAAGGCGCAGGACCCCGAUCAGGGAUUUAGCACAUUCUUCUCAGAGACUGGCAACGGAAAGCAUGUUCCCCGAGCCAUCUACUGCGAUUUGGAGCCCAAUGUCGUCGAUGAGGUCCGCACUGGUGCUUACCGCAACCUCUUCCACCCCGAGAUGAUGAUCACCGGCAAGGAGGACGCUUCCAACAACUAUGCUCGUGGCCAUUACACUGUCGGCAAGGAGCUUAUCGACGGUGUCCUCGACAAGAUUCGCCGGGUUGCCGACAACUGUGCUGGUCUCCAGGGUUUCCUCGUCUUCCACUCCUUCGGUGGUGGUACUGGAUCUGGUUUCGGUGCUCUCCUCAUGGAGCGCCUGUCCGUCGACUACGGCAAGAAGAGCAAGCUGGAGUUUUGUGUUUACCCUGCUCCUCAGACCGCUACCUCAGUCGUCGAGCCCUACAACUCUAUCCUCACUACACACACUACUCUUGAGCACUCUGACUGCUCCUUCAUGGUCGACAACGAGGCCAUCUACGACAUCUGCCGCCGAAACCUCGGUCUUGAGCGCCCUAACUACGAGAACCUGAACCGUCUUAUUGCUCAGGUCGUCUCUUCCAUUACUGCUUCCCUCCGAUUCGACGGUUCCCUCAACGUCGACUUGAACGAGUUCCAGACCAACCUGGUCCCUUACCCCCGAAUCCACUUCCCCCUCGUCGCUUACUCUCCUGUGAUCUCGGCCGCCAAGGCCGCUCAUGAGGCCAACUCCGUUCAGGAGAUGACCAUGUCUUGCUUCGAGCCUAACAACCAGAUGGUCAAGUGUGACCCUCGCCACGGCAAGUACAUGGCCACUUGCUUGUUAUACCGUGGUGACGUCGUCCCCAACGACGCCCACGCCGCCGUUGCUACCCUUAAGACCAAGCGAACCAUCCAGUUCGUCGACUGGUGCCCUACUGGUUUCAAGCUUGGUAUCUGCUACCAGGCUCCCGAGAACGUGCCCAAUGGUGACCUCGCCAAGGUCAGCCGCGCUGUCUGCAUGCUCUCAAACACCACCGCCAUUGCCGAGGCCUGGUCUUCCCUCUCCCUCAAGUUCGAUCUUAUGCACAGCAAGCGUGCCUUCGUCCACUGGUACGUUGGUGAGGGUAUGGAGGAAGGUGAGUUCUCAGAGGCUCGCGAGGAUCUCGCUGCCCUGGAACGCGAUUACGAGGAGGUUGCUACCGACUCCAUGGGCGAGGAGGAGAUGGAGGCUGAGUACUAA